AUGGAUUCCGAGUCGAAAUUGCCUGGACAUAUCGACCCGCCCUCAUCUAGCGACAGCGACAGUUCCGACCAUGAUGAGGCUCCAAUCAGACAAUCAAUAGAAUGGCUCGCCACCGCGCGAGAGAAACGUUCCACAGCCGGCAAUCGUAUGAAGGCGAUGCUGGCAAACGAGGAGCCUGACUCUGAUCUAGAGCUUCUCUUUGCCGAGGACGAUGAUGAUCAAGGCUUCACUGAUGUUGGCGACGAUGCCUCCGACGUCCACAUGGACUCCUCCUCGGAUGACGAGGACGAAAACGCAGCCGAAGAUGACAUGGAGGGCGAGAAGGAGCUGGAGCGCCAGGCUCGGGAAAAGCGCAACGCUCAGCGAAAAAGGAAAGCACAGGAAGCGAUUCCCGUCAAGUUCAGAAAAAAGGUGCGCAUCGACACGACGACAACACCUUCUCCAGCUCCGUCCUCGGCUUCGGGUCCGGGGCCUCGACCCAAGAAGAAGUCGGAACGCUCAUCAUGGCUCCCCUCGGCUGCCGACAUGCCAACACGUGCGUCUUCUCGACAGACCACAAGGCUCUCCAAAGAGCAGCUACAUGCGCAGAUGGAAGAGCGCGAGGCCCGGCGUCUCAAGCAGUUGGCCCAGAUGCAGAAGAAGGCAGCCAGGAUGGAGGCGUUGAAGAAACCACCCAUGACACAAGAAGAGCGGCUUCGCGAGGCUGAGAUUGUGGAAAAGCGGAACAGCAAAAGUCUUAAUCGCUGGGAGAUUGCUGAAAAGCAGAGGGAGGAGGAGAGGAGGGCAAAGCUGGCAGCACUCAAUGAGAGGACAUUAAAAGGCCCUGUCAUCACAUUCUGGAGCGGCACCAGAGAAUGGCAGGACGGCGGAGCGGCAAGAUAUGUCGAUGCCUCAACCUUGCAAGCUCCACCGGCUACAACAUCCACCGGCAAUGAUGCUUCAUCAGCCGAUAGUCUAGCUCCUCCAGCCCUUCCGCCUUCUAGUUCGCUCCCGCUACAACCAGGCGAAUCGAACCCUGACAAUAAACUCAAUGCGCCAGUUCUUGCACCUCCCGUGGGAAUGGAUGUGGACCAAUCUUCCUCCUCAAAUCCGGGGAUAAAUCAUUCUAAGUCCCAGAUUCUAGCCCCGCCAGACUCCUCUCAAAGCCCUCAACCACUUCCAGAUCCGGCACAAACCACUACACCCCCAGGAGACGAGUUGUCAAAUAGCAAGCCCGUUGAUGCCAAGCCGGCAGACGACAAACCCGCAGUUGAAAACCCCAGUGAAGAGAAACUCGUGGAAGACACACCUGCGAAAAAGGAAGCGUCUGAAAAAAAACCAGACCUAUCAGCGCCGGAGAGUACACCUGAGAACCCCCCUGACACCACGACUCCUUCCGAACAACCACAGGAGAAGAAAGAAGGCUCGACCUACACGCGAAACGCCAUCGUUUAUCAAAAUUUUGAUGAUACUGCCCUCAAGGACAAGUCUAUCCAAGUCCAAAUCCUAUUUGGUCGCAAAAUGAACAAAUUAGCCAGUAUGUUGAUAUCCCCCCUUCAUUUUAGUCCGAUCAUCACAUGGUCAUUGAUUCUAUAUUUAAAACAAUACCGCUUACAUAUCUCGCCAGAACCUCCUCCCCACCCGCUCUGCGUCAUCACAAACCACCCAGCUCGCUACCGUGACCCCGAGACCGGGCUUCCUUUCUAUAACGCGCACGCCUAUGGUGAGAUUCGCCGACUUGAGCGUGGCGACUACCGAUGGAGCAAACUGCUCGGCUCCUGGGUCGGUAGUGGCAAGAAUGCUGCAAGCGGCGUGCCGGAGCGGUUCUUGAACCCGAAUGCUCCAGGUCCAAAGAAGGAGCCCAAGAAAGAGGAGGGUCAGCCCAAGGAACAAGAAAAGGCCGGUGAAAAGGGAAAUGCCGAUCAAGAGGCCGCCCGCGCGAACAAGACGGAACAGGCAGCGCCAGAACCUCCAUUAGAGGAUGUUAAGCCACAGCCCGAACAGCAACAAGACUCACCCAAUAAGCCUAAACCUGUAGAGACCGAGGCAUAG